AUGUCUGCUCAGAAAAUGAAGAUUGGAUGUGCCGGCCUCGGCCGAAUGGGCAAGCGUCAUGCCCUAAACUUCCUUGAGCGCACUCCUCGCGCCAAUCUCGUUGCUGCAAGCUCUCCAGAUCCGACAGAGCUGGAAUGGGCUAAGACAAAUCUAGAGCCGUUUGGGGUCAGGCUCUACCAAGACUACGACGACAUGUUGAAGCACGAAGGUCUAGAAGCUGUUGUCGUCGGAUCUGCAACAGCCGUACACGCCGAACAAACAAUCAAGGCAAUUGAAGCCAACAAGCACGUUCUCUGCGAAAAGCCACUCUCCACAAGCGUAGAAGUGUCCCAAUCUGUCGUCGACGCAGCCGCCAAAAAGCCACACCUAAAGGUAAUGUGCGGAUUUUCGCGCCGCUUCGAUGCAUCCUACCGAGACGCCUUCACAAAGAUGAAAGCCGGCGCAAUUGGCAUACCCUCAGUCCUGCGCAGCCAAACCUGCGACAAACUCGAUAAAUCCGGCUUCUUCAUCGCAUACGCCCAAUUAUCCGGCGGUAUUUUCGUCGACUGCUCCAUCCACGACAUAGACCUAACUCUUUGGUUCUUCGGCGCAAACAGCAAGAUCAAAUCCGUCUCGGCUGUAGGAAUCACAGCCGUAGAACCAGAUCUACGCAAGCACAACGACCGCGACAAUGCUGUAGGUUUGGUCGAGUUCCACGAUGGCAAGAUCGCGUACUUCUACGCUUCGCGGACCAUGGCUGCUGGCCAGGAGGACACGACUGAAAUUAUCGGGACGAGCGGGAAACUUGCUGUUAAUACGCAGCCGCAGCUUAAUCUGGUUAAUCUGUUUGAUGGCACAGGUGUCAGGCGCGAGAUUCCGCAGCAUUAUUAUGAGCGUUUCGAGGCUGCAUUUGUUACAGAGGCUAAUGAAUUUACGGCUGCUGUGCUGGAUGAUCGGGCUUUGCCACUGGAACUGGGGGUUGCUGUGCAGGCUGUUAGGAUUGGGGCUGCGUUGCAGGAGGCUUUGGUUACCGGGAACAAGAUCUUUUUCGAUGAGAACGGGAACCGGGUUGAGAUUGCUCAUUUGUAG